GCAGCGCGUGUCGUCGUGCUUCGACGCCGGCGGAGGAGCGUGGCUGUCCGCGCCCAGUCACCAUGUCCGCCGAUGACCCGGCCGCCGGCGGGACGGCCCACCCCGGCCUGCUCGUGACGGGCAACGGGACGGGCGAGGCGACAGCCGGUGACGACACGCGCCAAUUCUGGGAGACGCUAGCAGUCACCGCGCUGCACGUGAUCAUCAUUCUGGCCACCAUCGUCGGCAACUCGCUCGUCAUCAUCUCAGUAUUCAGCUACCGGCCGCUGCGUUCGGUGCAAAACUUCUUCGUGGUGUCGCUGGCGGUGGCUGACCUGACGGUGGCGCUGUUUGUGCUGCCGUUGAACGUGGCCUACAGUCUGCUCGAGCUCUGGGUGCUGGGCCGCUACGUGUGCCAGCUGUGGCUCACCUGCGACAUCCUCUGCUGUACGUCGUCCAUCCUCAACCUAUGCGUGAUCGCGCUCGACCGCUACUGGGCAAUCACCGACCCCAUCAACUACGCCAACAAGCGCACCAUUCGCCGAGUGAACACCAUGAUCGCCAUGGUGUGGGUGUUGAGCGUCCUCAUCAGUGUGCCGCCGCUGCUCGGUUGGAACGACUGGCCCGACCAAUUCAGCGAGGAGACGCCCUGCACGCUGACGCAAGAGCGCCUCUUCGUCGUCUACUCGUCCUGCGGCAGCUUCUUCAUCCCUCUGGUCAUUAUGUCCGUGGUGUACGCCAAGAUCUACUUCGCCACCCGGCGACGACUGCGCGAGCGGACGCGUAAGCUCGGCACGCUCGCUGUCUCGCUGAACGUAUCGCGGGACGGCCGCGAGGAGCAAACCCCGCGUGACGUGGCCGAGCUCGAGUCAUCAAACAGUCACGAGGACGAGCCUGGGUCGGACCCGAAGCGGGACGGCGGGGCGGCGACCUCGGCGAGGACCACCUCUAGCGACCAGGCUGUCAGCAGCGGCGGACGCAGCUCACUGAAGCCAGCCAAUGGCGUCAGCGUGCACCAGUUCAUCGAGGAGAAGCAGCGCAUCUCGCUCUCCAAAGAACGAAAGGCGGCUCGCGUCCUCGGCGUCAUCAUGGGCGUAUUCGUGGUCUGCUGGCUGCCCUUCUUUCUCAUGUACGCCAUCGUGCCGUUCUGCACGUCCUGUCCCGCACCCAGCCGCAGGGUGACAGAGCUUGUCACCUGGCUUGGCUACGUCAACUCAAGCCUCAACCCUAUCAUCUACACCAUCUACAACGAGGACUUCAGAAGUGCAUUCGGUAAGCUGUUGCGAUGCGACAAGCGAAUGUGCUGAGCCGCCCCGUGCGUUUUGGCACAGUGUGCACGAACCGUUGCGGCGCGAGUAACGCGAGGCCACGAGUGUGCGCCUGUAACUGACGGUCGUGGAUGCAUUUUGGGAGGCAGGGCUUAGCGUGAAGUGACGGUUGAACCGAUUUGCCCUGUGAUGACUACAGAGAGCCGUGUGCUGUGAGGACUUGAACCACUUGCGUUUUCCUGCGAAUGUGUAUGUUAUGUAUGAGGCACGUCGCUUAUGUGUGCGGUGGCUGGACGCCGGUGCGCUUCACAGAUGGACGCCGCCGUGCUAUGACAGAUGGAAGCAGAUGUGUUCUGUGGGACCUGAGAACGCACGCGGUUUGUGACAGACAAUGACUGUUAUUUUGGAACAGCUGGAAGAUAGUCUUUCUUGGUAGACUUUCCGCCGUGAUAGGCCUUCUAUGAUUGCGUGCAGUGUAGUCGGUGUGGAUACCGAGAAAAACUUGCAACAAACACGAGGCCAGACGUGGCUCGCUGCUACUGAACAGCGCCUCGUUAUUUUGCAGUUCGCAAGCCCAUCGCAUGCCAACAUGGUGGACCCGUGCAAGCAUGCACCCGCAAAUGAACAUGCUCAGUAAUAAAACCAGUAUUGGCACCUACAUACAACCCAAGUACCUCGGAGAACAGCGUUGGUUAUGUGCGUAGUACCUCGGAGAACAGCGCUGGUUAUGUACGUAGCCAAUACCCGUGGCGUGAUCUGGCGCCGUACAAACAAUCGCCUCCUUGCAUGCGUGUACGUAGACAUCUCCCUGAAAUACCAGCAUGCAUGCAUAACUGGAUGACUGCAUUCAGGGCAAGUGUUCUGCAAAUCUGUAAUAUUGCUCCCAUUUGUGCCGUCGUAAAGCAUUUUACUGAGCAGCGUGAAUAAGGGAGCUUGACAGUAUCUUUCAGCUUCUCACUCGCAGUAUACAAAGGUUCGACAAAUGGCUGUUUUGAAGAAACGAGCUCACUUUCUGGAUGUAUUGUUAUGGCAAUCCAUUACGGUGUACAGCAACUGGUUUCCAGUUUUGAUGUCGCUAUUUCCUAUUUAUUACAGCCCCCAGCUUACAUAGCAUCCGAUAUGUGCCGGGUGGUGCGUGUCCACAGAUCACGAUAUUACAAAAUCCUAAAAUUUGUCCGUAAACAGAAUGAACUAAACGCAUCCCAGUAAAAGUGGAUCUUUCAACAAUAAUCAUUGCAUGCCAACAAAUGUGUUCGAACGCAAAAGUGAGUUGUUACCACACCGUUAAAAUCGCCAGCCAACAUAUUCCAAAGCUCCGUUCUGAAGCCAUGAGAUACCGUGAUAGGAGAGCAUGAUACGUUCACGGCCUUGCAAAGGUUUUACUGGAUUGCUUGUUACGGUAACCUAGGCGAUAACACAGAUUGCACCUCGAAACCAGGGGAUUAUGUUCUGAGCCCUUCAAGGCCCUAAGGCAAUCGAUGUAACAAUCAGUUUUCUUGGGAUCUUGCUGUUACCUUGAGGAUGAUGGACGUAACCUUAUUAUCAGCUGUGUGAGUUGAGGUUCCUCCACUUUUCUCAAGGAAAAAUAAUUACCCCUGGUUACGACGUGAAAUUGUGUUGUUUUCAAGUUCUGUGACCCCCAUAUUAAAAUGCCAAAUAGUUGUUUCCACAUAAUACCAGAACAGGGAUAUGGUAUCAUUGUAGUGUUAUUUUUAAUGAAAAUGGUGUCGUGAUGAACAAAGUGACGGCAUUGCUUCAUGCGGUGGGUUUUUGGGGCGUUAAACUGUGACCUAAUGCACUUGAAAUGUUCACGUAUAGCUGUAUUUAUGUCAAUCGUUUUCAUGUUUAAGAAUGUCUAUUUUUGUUGUGUAGCUUUGUAGUUCAGUGUAUGUGUCAUAUACGAAACCGGAGUGGUGCGUAUGAUGUAGGACGGAAACACAUCGGCACGACUUUGCGUAUUUUGUGUCAGCAUGCUCUG